AAGUAAGGUGCAAAAAUCAAAUACUAAUUGCUACUGCUAGUAGCACGAAAACACAAUAAAGAAAGAAGGAGAAUGCAAAAAACAGGACAAGAAUUGCUUCUUCAAAACUGAAAACAAAAGGUAGAGAAAAAGAAGAAGACGAGUAGAGGAGAACUUGGGGAAGAAACUGCUGCGACAGGACAGGAGCGAGGAGGAGGAUGCCUCAAGAUCGAUUUGACCACCGGGGCACCAACUCCUCCUUCCCCUCCCCUCCUCCUAAAUGGCGACAUCUUCUCCAAAUCUCGCAUCCUCCUCUUCCGCUUCUUUAUUCCACCCCCGAGUCCUCCUCCCCGUCCCCGACCCCGCUCAAAACCCUAACCCUACCGGGGCCACUAGCCAUGGCCGCCGACUACCGCACCCCGGACAGGCUCCUGCCGGCCGCCGCCGAGGAGCCGUCCCAGGACCCACCCAAGCCCGUCCUUAGCGUUGCGGGCCCCGCCGCCGCCGCCACCCACGACGGCCUCCGGUUCUGGCAGUACAUGCUCGCCGGCUCCGUCGCCGGUCUCGUCGAGCACACGGCGAUGUUCCCGGUGGACACCCUCAAGACGCACAUGCAGGCCGGUGCGCCGCCGUGCCGCCCGACCCUGUCGCUGGGGGCCGCGCUGCGCGCCGCGGUGUCCGGGGAGGGCGGCGCGCUCGCAUUAUACCGCGGCCUCCCCGCGAUGGCGCUCGGCGCCGGACCCGCCCACGCCGUGUACUUCUCGGUCUACGAGUUCGCCAAGUCGCGGCUCUCGGACCGCCUCGGACCCAAUAACCCCGUGGCUCACGCGUCCUCGGGGGUGCUCGCCACUGUCGCCAGCGACGCGGUGUUCACCCCGAUGGACACCGUCAAGCAGCGGCUGCAGCUCACGAGCAGCCCCUACACAGGCGUCUCGCACUGCGUCCGCACAGUGUUCCGCGACGAGGGCCUCAGGGCGUUCUUCGUAUCCUACCGGACUACAGUGUUGAUGAACGCUCCAUACACCGCUGUCCACUUCUCCACCUAUGAGGCCGCGAAGCGGAUGCUCGGGGACUUGGCCGCCGAUGAGGAGUCGCUCGCUGUCCAUGCCACUGCUGGUGCUGCAGCUGGUGCGCUCGCGGCCGCGAUAACCACACCGCUCGACGUUGUCAAGACGCAGCUGCAGUGCCAGGGUGUAUGCGGUUGUGAACGCUUCUCUAGUAGCUCUAUAGGAGAUGUGUUUAGAACAAUCAUAAAACGUGAUGGAUACAUUGGGCUCAUGAGAGGAUGGAAGCCAAGAAUGCUAUUCCAUGCACCAGCAGCUGCCAUCUGCUGGUCCACAUAUGAAGCCUCGAAGUCAUUCUUCGAAAGAUUCAACGAGAAGAGGAGAAAAUAGUUUGAACGUUCCUUUGAAGUGCGUGUAUUUUUCUUGAAGUCAAGAACUUCUAUACUGCGCCUCGCAAACAGAAAGAGGCAGCACCUGGAUGCAGUUGUUGUGCAGCAGAGGAUCCAUUUGAAAUGAUGCAUUGUGCAUCGAAAUCUGUCUAACAGAUGAGCUGUCUCUGUACCUUGUACCUUUUUUUCUCCCUAAGAUGAUGUAUUAUUUUUCCCAGCUCGGGUCGGGAUAGCAAGUACCAGAAUAAUUUUGCACUAGUUUGCUCAGGAACACGCUGCAUUUGUACGGCCUUCUGUGAGCCAGAUUCUUGAUAAAAUGAAAUGAUUUUUGUCACA